AUCCCUGUUCUACCCUGGUUUUCUACAGGGUCGGAUCCAGCUGCUGGGCAGCCGCGAAGAGCCGAUAGAAUUGGAUCUUUUUGAGCCGGCUCCGUCAAUUGGCGACUUUACCAACCUGCUGUAUUUUCCUCCAGUUCCGGUUCCGGUGCCGGCCACACUGGACCCGGCAACCGAGGUUUUGCUUGCCCACUUGUUGGCGACGCCUCAUUCAAGUGGGCCGACUGACGCCGGGCAACGACGACGAGACGUCCUACGUCUCCGGUUGACCGGCGGUGGUUGGAGGUCGAGACACGACGACGUGGAUCCAGUCUCCGGCUCAGCCGGUACCGAGCCAGUCGGCCAGACUAGCCACUACGUGGGCCGAUUGGAGGUGUUUCUGUCCGCCGAAGACGACCGGUCUACCGGACAUGUCGACGGCCAGAGUGGGCAUGAAGAGUGGGCGGCGACGCAGUCACAUCUCGACGGCGGACGGUGGGGCACUGUCUGUAGCCAUGGCUUUGACGCUCAUGCCGCCAUGUUGGUCUGUUCGGCAUUCGGCCUGGUGGCCAAGUCCGAGGUAAGGUACUGCUGA